AUGUCUGUGAUAACACUGCAACUUGGCCAGUGUGGAAAUCAAGUAGGAGAACAGACAUUCUCUACACUUAUUGAUGACAUAUAUUCAAAGUCAACUGGCGUUACAAGUAAGGAAAAUCAAGAUUAUAAGGAUUCAUCACUAGAGACAUUUUUUACACAAUCAGAAAAUGGUGGUAGAGAUGGAUUACAAUCACUACCAAAAGCCAGAGCUGUUCUUGUUGACAUGGAAACAAAAGCUAUCGCCCAAACUUUGCAGCAAGCUAGAAAAAGUGGUAAAUGGAGUUACCAUGACAAACAAUGGUACUCUCAGAAGAGGGGCUCAGGAAAUAAUUGGGCAUACGGUUACUGUGUUCAUGGACCAAAGUCAAAAGAGGACAUCAUGAAUUUGGUUAGAAAAGAAGGGGAGAAAUGUGAGAGAGUUGGCGGCUUUUUAAGUUUUUUAAGCUUAGCUGGAGGAACUGGUUCAGGUGUUGGAGCAUUUGUUACUCAAAGCUUGAGGGAUGAGUUUCCACAUUCCUUUAUAAUGAAUCAGGUGAGAUAUGCCAAUAAUCAUUGUUUUUAUGGGUAUUAACAGUACUCAGUCUGAAAUCAUUAUGCAAGGGCACAUGUGUCAAACUCAAUGCCCGCGGGCCACAUCCGGCCCGCCUUACAAUUAUAUCAGUGCCACGAGGUCUUGACUGACAUACACUUAUAUCCAAGUCAACGCUAUGGUAUUUCCAAUACACACUCUGCUGAAAAUCUUAGCUGACUUUGCACUGAGUUCGCACUGCGCUUUAGUUACUUUCAAGCACAGAAAUGUAAUUUCGAGUUGUUUCAUAACCCAUUUGUCAUAGACGUGGAAACUGCACGUGUAAAUUUGCAGAUGGAGCUAAUAGAGCUGCAGUGUAAUGGGGCACUGAAGGCAAAGUACGACACAGUUGGGCCUGCACGAUUAACUCCUUUCAUUCCUGAAGAGAUGCCCCAGCUUCAUCUACAUGCAACUCAAACCUUGAGCAUGUUGGAUAGCCCAUAUAUAUGUGAGCAGUUAUUUUCUGUGAUGAAGAUUAACAAAACAUCACACAGGAGUCAUCUCACUGAUGAACACUUCUGUUGUUAUGAGAAUCUCUAUGACACAGCACGUUACUUCCAACACAAACAAACUUACUUGUUCUUUGUAGCCAAGAAAAUGUGUCCAACAUCCAGCUCUGACAAAGUGGCAUAAGAACGAAAAUGGGCAUGCCAAUGAUUUUUAAUUAUUAAAACUUUUUUUCGUUUUCCUUUUUAUAAAAGAUUUUAAAAAAAUAUAAAUUUUCCGCUUAUUGAAUGUUUAUCCUUUUUGGCCCGCAACCUUACGUGUUUGAGUUUUGGCCCGCCAAGCGAUUGAGUUUGACACCCUUGUGCUAGGGGAUUAUAUUUUGGUUCAAAUAGAUUUCCUAUUAUGACACUAAUUUCAUUUUCAACAAUUGGUGGGGUGGAUAAAUUGUAGUAGCUUUAAUUACUUUUAUAUUAUUUGAAAUGUAAAUUUUCUAAUUAUCACUGAAAAUUGUCCAGACUUAUCUUUUAAGAGAUUGAUAAUUUUUAAAAAUUCUUGCAGUUACAUAAAUAUUCAAAUAAAGACCUGGGUGAUUAUUUUUUAAAAUUUAAUUUUAUCUGACACUUAAAUACAAAUAAAAUAUUUAUUUAUAAACAAUACACUUUCAAUCAUCAUUAGUGUUAAAAAAUGUCAAUAUUAUAGAUUUUCAGACAAUUGACCAUUAUCUAAUGUCUUUCUUUAAAUUAAAAAAUUCCAUUUUGUUCUGAUGACAAUUAUGUCUGCUAUUGCAGGUUGUGUGGCCUUACAGCACUGGGGAAAUUAUUGUACAGAAUUACAAUGCAAUCCUUACAUUGUCUCACCUUUAUGACACAGCCGAUGCUAUUGUUGUCAUGGAGAAUGAUUCUCUGCAUAAGAUAUGUGCCCAGCUUUUAAAUAUAAAAAACAUUUCCUUCAGGGAUAUCAAUAAGGUUAUAGCCCAUAAACUAACCAGUGUAUUACAACCUAGCGUCUGUUCUGAUAAUGGAGGAACAUUAAACUGUGAUUUAGGUAGGUUUUUAAUUGUUAAGCUGAUUAAUUGAAUCAUUCCACAUACAUAAAGAUUGUAAAAACAGGUGAAUGAUUUUGAAGAAACUGUCACCAAUUAUGUGUAAUUUAUUUACCAACUUUGUUGUGUUAUGAGUUAGAUGACUUAAAAUACUUAUUAUUUUUCUUGAUAAUCUCAGGAUAUAUGCUUGAACGUCUUGUUCCACACCCACAGCAUAAACUGCUGACUGUAAAAAAUAUUCCCCAAAUGUCAGACAUUGCCAGGGAAUUUAGUGUGUAUCAGUGGCCAGGUCUAAUGAAAAGUCUUCGUCAAAUGCUCAUAGCAGAUGCCCCAAUGGAAGAAGGUAAUAAUUUACUGCAUAUUCUGUUCUUUAUUUACAUUUUUUUACAAAUUUGUAAUAAAUGAGUUUAAUUUUUAUGAGAUUUUCAUAGAUAAUUCAGUGAGUUACAUUGACAUGUUUUGUAGUUUAUCUCCAUUUAACCCUUCUGUCACUGGAAGGUUGUUUGAACAGCAGUAAAAAAUAAUGAACUGUAUAUGAAAAAAAUCCAGUUGUAACUCAUCUUUUAUAAUGGGACUGCCAUACUGUUUACUGCUCUUGCUUAAUACCAAUGUAGUUUAAUUGUGUCUUUGCCUGUUUCAACUCAACUGUACUGUAUAUGUUACAAAUGUCCACUCUGUGUUAAAUCCUCACACUUGUAUCAGUUCCUUGAGACUCCAGUUCCUCAGUUAUUGAAUUUCUUUAGCACUAUUGCAACAGUUUUCUAACUAUAGCUUUUACCCUGGUCAGCUAUUUCUUGGUCUCUAUCUACUUACUUUUUAUUUGCUAUGAAAUUUAGACACAAAAUUUUUUAAUAAUACAUUCCUUCAAGGAAUGGGCCCAUUAUUGAAUUAUGUGAAAGUUUAAAAGUAGAUCUGUCAAAAUUUUUUGUACCAAUUUGUAGGAAAUAGUUAUUUUCUGAAAUUAGAACAUCUUAACAGCUCGAAAAUAAUUUUGUACAACAAUUUGUAUCUUGUUCAGGUAUAAACUGGGAGGUAAAACCAGCAACUCGAACUUCAAGUGGGCACACAUGCUUCAACAAGUCACUGUCCACUAUGCUUUUUCUGCGAGGAAAAGAUUCUUCAACUAUUGAUGCAUCCAUGUUUUCCGAUCCCAACAUCUAUACGUCCUGGAUGUCCGCAGAAUUGGCAUCAUGUGUCUCUCGGCAGCCAAGAAUGUUCUGUGACUACGACAAGGCGGCAGCAUUGGUGAGCAACAGUUGUGCAGGUGUCAAGCCACUCAACUGUAUCAUGCAGAAAGCCUGGAACAUGUUUUCAUCCAGGGCUUAUGUUCACCAGUACCUGAAGCAUGGUCUGAGUGAAGAAGAUUUUCUGGAUUCAUUUGUUAGUUUAGAGAAAGUGAUAGCUGGCUACAACAAUUUGUAGCAAGUAUAGAGUUGGUGAUUUUUUAUGUUAAAGGCAGUUGUCAAUUUGUAUGUGAAUUGAAGGCAGCACACAGUAAUUGAGAGUAAUGUAAAAUAAAGCCUAAAUUGAAACAAUUCCUAAAAACUAAUUUUUUCUUAAAAAUCCUGCA